CUAAGCCGGAUACACAAAGUUGAACAGAACGAAAGGCAAGUUUGAGAUGAAGUGAGGUGGACAGUCUGCAUAUUUUGCUUAUCUACAUACCUCAACUGUCCUCAACUGACUCAGGAUGUGAGAUAGAUAAGCUAGUUAAUAAGUUAAUGAAUUGGAAAUAUAAUCUAAAACUAGACUCGUUUUUAAAAUAAUGUAGCCACGAUACUCAUUUAAUCCAUACUGAUCACGAUGAAAUGAAACCACAUCAUAAAAACAAUUUUUGAUAGAAAUUAUGAAAAUUUUUAUUUUUCAUGAAAAAACAUAAAAUUUCAUCCAAGUUCUCUCCUGCCCGUCAUUCUGCUCGCGGACCGCGCUGGUUGACAUUUUUCUCUCAACACUCUCCAUUUGACGUUGCAAAUUUUACGUUUUAAUUAUUUUGGACAACUACUUAAAAUUUUAUAAGUUAUUUUGACAUUAUCUUUAACCAGGGGGAUUGGGGAUAGAAAAAGUGACAAAUUUGCAGUCUAAAGUAAUCUGAUAAGUCGGAAUCUUUCUGGAAUAAUGAUGGCGUUCCUAAAAUCGUCGAAAACGUUUUAUUUGGAUCAGAUCACGGUCAUGUUUAAGGAACAGCUUUACUCCAGCGUUCUUUCAUUUGGAAGUGUGGCCUUGAAUUUGGGAGAACGGUAUCCCGAACAUGUCAGCGAGGCGCAGCAGGUCACGAUCCUGAUCAUGUGCGGUGAUUCCGCCUAUUUCACGCAUGACUACGUCCAGGCGGAAUCCUUUUAUCGGAAGGCCCUCCAACUUGGCAAGUCCUUGUCGAAAGGGUCAACGUCGAAGGAGUGCGUCCCAGAAGACAACAAUGACAUCAAGUACAAGCUGUACCUUUGUCUGAUGCAGUGUAAAAAGCCAGAAGAAGCGCUCAACAUGCUCCAAAGUAUCCCAGCAAAGGGGCGCGCGGUCCGGACGAAUAUGGCGUUAGGCAAGUUGUACAAGCAAAAUGGGAUGGAGCGCGCCGCCAUCACGGCUUUCAAAGAAGUACUCAAGGAAUGUCCCACUUCUAUGGAAGCUAUCGAAUCAUUAAUCUCUUUGGGGCUUGGGGAUACCGAUUUACAAGUAUUUUUCAAUCACAAGUUGAACAAGAUGCCAUAUUCUGAGUGGUUCCACAACUGGAUUCGAGCUCUGCAACAGCUGUUUUUGCGCGAUUAUCCGAGCGCGCUGCAAACCCUGAAUACCCUGACGGACCACACUCCCCUGAAACAUAACCGCUACAUGCUUCACACCUUAUCCUUGGCGUAUACGCUGGAAGGGAAUUAUGAGGAGGCGAUCGGACCAUUGUUACUGUGCCAUCGCCUAGAACCCGGCAACAUGUACGGCAUGGACCUGCUGGCUUUUCUUCUAUGGUCGAAGAAGAAACUACUCACAUUGCAAAGUUUAGCGAACCGUUUAUCAGACGUGAACUAUAACGAAAAUCGUCCCGAAGCUUGGAUCGCGCUUGGCUACUAUUCACUGCUAAUGGAACCGACACAGAAGGGACUCAGUUUUGCGGAGAGGGCGCUAACUUGCACGGGGACCAAGUCAUAUGAAGCCCUCGUCUGCAAGGGUUAUCUCCUCCUGGGAAAUAAGAAAGCCCAAGAGGCUCUGGAAUGUUUUAGAGAGGCGAGCCAACUUUGUGGCAACCGCUUUGAACCACACAACGGUCUUGUGAGGUGUUACUUGGAGCUCCAGCGGUAUCGAGAUGCCUCCACGGUGGCAAACGGUGCUAUGAAAAAAUUAGGACAGACGCCACGCGUGUUGACGAUGUGUGCCCAACCGUUGAGUAAAGAGCCGCUGAAUUUCUCCAAAGCCAAAUCUUGUCUGGAUAAAGCGCUCCAAUUGAAUAAGCGCCAUUGGCCCGCGGUGCUCACUCUGACCCAGAUUUUGGAAGAGGAGGGCCACUACGAUGUCGCGGUUCAGAAACUGCAAGAAUACGCGGACGGUGGACCGACCCGGGUGCGAUUUCAUCUCAGAAUGGCUCACCUUUUAAGCAAAAUGCGUUCCAACGACGAGGCUGCUGACCAUUACGCAAUCACUUUAAGACUGGAUCCGAACAAUCGCGACGCUCUCGAAGGUCUCGACCGUCUCGACUUUAGGACCAUCAUGGUGAAAGAGGAGGAGACUGAAGUGACCUCACGCGAUAUCGGCGUGAGUCCCUUCAACAUCGAUGACGAUUACCAAGAGGAGCCAGGGUGGGUUCCACUAAACCAAUUUGCUGUCGGCGAACGUCUCUAAAUUAGUGAGGAAAAAUAAUCGUAUAUUUAUUCAAGUACAAUUUAUUUGUCAAAAAAAAUAUACGUCACAUUUUCAUACUUUAAAGAAUACAUUGUCUAUUAAUUUGUGCUUACUUAGAUAAUUGACAAAUUUUAAGUUUCGACACAUUUAUAAUUAAUAAACUCUGGUUUAAAUUGACUUGUUGUUUGAAAGAGUGCGAAAUAAUUUGCAACAUCUGAAAUUUUUAUAGGCUUGGUAAAUAACUUUGUAUGUUUUUUGAUUAACAAACAAUAUAACUAAACUUAAUAGCUUGACAAAA